GAGCUUAGAAAUGGUAUAGUUUCUCUCUCUCUGUGCUGCUGCCAUUGGAGAAAGAAAGAAAGAAAGGGGAAGAAAGAUUGUUUGUGUGUGCAGUGGAAUGGCUGAACAUAACGAAAACGAGAUUAAUUAAUUGGUGAUCAGGAAAAUUAUUCAUAGAUACUAGCUGCCUACUUGAGCAUGCGCUGAAAUAAGGUAACAAUAACCAUACUCAUAUGCUUCAUUCUAAUUUUAAAAAGGGAAAAGUAAUGGCGAUUGAUACUAUUCUAGAGUGUGCCCAGGCUCAAUUUGGCCCACUUAGGCGUCGAACUCGGUUCAAGAGCACGCUGGCCCAACACCACGCAUCUUCUAUAGAUGGCGAGUUUCCUUACUGAUUUGGUGAAGCCAUAUGUGGAGAAAUUGAUAAAUGGGGCAAUCACAGAAUCAAGUUAUAUAUGUUGCUUCACGUGCAUUGCUAAGGAUUUUGAAGAUGAAAAAAUUAGGUUGGAAGUAGAAAGGACAACUUUCGAUCAACGCAUUGAUGUGGCAACUAGAAGAGGGGAAAAUGUUCAAGCUAAUGCUCUAUUAUGGAAAAAAGAAGUUGAAGAGCUCAUUCAAGAAGACACCAAAACAAAACAAAAUUGUUUUUUUGGAUUUUGUUGUGACUGCAUAUGGCGAUAUAAAAGGGGAAAGGAACUAGCAAAUAAGAAGGAGCAAAUCAAAAAAUUGAUGGAAACUGGAAAGGAACUUGCAAUUGGACUCCCUGCUUAUCUUCCAGAUAUUGAACGUCAUUCAUCCCAACACUAUAUUCCUUUUGAAAGUAGGAAAUCCAAAUACAAAGAGCUUUUGGAUGCAUUGUAUGAUGACAACAAUUAUAUAGUCGGGUUGCAAGGGAUGGGGGGAACAGGAAAAACUACAUUGGCCAAAGAAGUGGGCAAGGAACUUAAGCGGUCCAAUCAAUUUACUCAUGUUAUCGAUACGACGGUGUCAUUUUCUCCUGAUAUUAAAAAGAUUCAAGAUGAUAUUGCUGGACCCUUGGGAUUGAAAUUUGAUGACUGUAACGAAUCAGAUCGACCCAAAAAACUAUGGAGCAGAUUAACCAAUGGUGAGAAGAUUCUUAUAAUAUUGGAUGAUGUGUGGGGAGAUAUCAAUUUUGAUGAAAUAGGGAUUCCACAAAGUGACAAUCGCAAAGGCUGCCGUGUUUUUGUAACCACACGCAAUCUGCAGGUGUGCAACAGACUAGGAUGCAGUAGAACAAUCCAACUAGAUCUCUUAUCUGAAGAGGAUGCAUGGAUCAUGUUCCAAAGGCAUGCUGGUCUAAGCAAAGUUUCAACAAAAAAUUUGCUUGACAGGGGCCGUAAAAUUGUAAACGAAUGCAAAAGGUUACCAAUUGCAAUUGCUGCUAUCGCUAGUAGUUUAAAAGGCGAACAACGUCAGGAAAAGUGGGAUGUGGCCUUAAAUUCCUUGCAGAAGCAUAUGUCCAUUCGCGGUGUUGAUGAAGAUUUGGUUGAUAUUUAUAAAUGUUUGAAGUUUAGCUAUGAUUAUCUCAAGAACAAAAAUGCCGAGGAAUUGUUCCUCUUAUGUUCUAUAUUCCAAGAAGAUGCAGAAAUCCGUACUCAAAUUCUAACCAGACUUGGCAUAGGAGUUGGCCUCUUUGGGGAAAGUUAUGACAAAUACAACAAUGCUCGAAAUCUAGUAGUUGUUGCAAAAGAUAAACUACUUGAUUCAUGUUUACUGUUGAAGACAAAUAAAGGAGAUGUAAAAAUGCAUGACUUGGUUCGUGAAGUAGCCCAAUGGAUAGCGAACAAAGAGAUUUUAGCAGUAAAUGUUUCUAACAAAAAUCAAAAUUCAUUGGUUGGAAGGAAUAAUAUCAAAUAUUUGUUAUUUGAUGGCAGUCCAAAUGAUUUGUGUUCCCCUAUGUUUGAUGGUUCUAAACUAAGGAUUCUGAUUUUAAUCAUGGUCACAGGUUGCUUUGUGGAUUCAUUCUUUGAAAAUAUUGCAGGUCUUCGAGUUUUGAAUUUAAUAGCGGGUAAAAAAAUUACUAUAUCAUUGCCACAAUCAAUUCAGUCGUUGACAAAUAUUCGUUCUCUAUUAGUGGAAAGUGCCGAUUUGGGUGACAUCUCUGUUUUGGGAAACCUGCAAAGUCUUGAGACACUUGAUUUGAAUCAUUGUACAAUUGAUGAACUUCCUCAAGAAAUUGCAAAGUUGAAGGAACUUAGAUUGUUGAACUUGGAAUACUGUAGAAUUAAAAGUAAUAAUCCAUUUGAAGUUAUCCAGAUAUGCCCAUCCCUUGAAGAAUUGUACUUCUUUAAAAGUUUCAAUGGUUUCUGUCAGGAAAUAACCUUACCUACAUUGGAAAGGUAUCAUCUCACUGAUGUUUAUGGUAUAAUUUGCGAUUCUUCACUAUCAAAAUGUGUGAUUCUUGAAAAGGAUUAUUUGUCAGAAGCAACAUUUAAGCAUGUGAUGCAAACAGCAGAGCUUCUUAAGUUGGUAAGAAUUAAGAAGGGAUGGAGAAAUAUUAUGCCUGAAUUUGUUCCUAUAGAUCAAGGUAUGAAUGAUCUAAUUGAGCUUCAUUUGAAUGAUGAUUCACAACUACAGUUCCUCAUAGACACUAAACAUACUGGUUCUCAAGUACCAAAUGUAUUUUCCAAGUUGGUUGUACUAGAGCUCAUCAAAAUGAAAAAUUUAGAAGAAUUAUGCAAUGGUCCCAUCUCCUUUGACUCUAUGAACAAUUUAGAGGAACUAACUAUCAAGUCUUGCGGAAAUUUGAGAAGUUUGUUCAAAGGCAAUCUAAAUCUCUGCAAUCUAAAGACUGUGAAAAUAGAAAGAUGCUCCACAUUAGUUUCUGUUUUUCAUCUGUCAACUUCUGCAAGCCUGCCGUUGUUGGAAGAAUUGAAUAUAAGUGAAUGUGGUAACUUGGAAAACAUAUUUACAUGUGAAAGGACGAUUGAAGAAAUAUUAGUUCCAAAGCUUAAAGUUGUCAAAAUAGAAAGUUGUAACAAGUUGACUUAUAUAUUUGACCAAGAAGUCAAACUAACUUCACUUAUAGAAUUGAAGCUAGAAUAUGUGUCAAAUUUCAUCGACAUAUUUCCAAAAUCAUAUAAUUCCAUUGAAGGGUCAUCCUCAUCCAAUUCCAUUUCAAAGCCACAAACACAAUUGCAGGUGAAGCCAUUGAAAUCCAAUAUUAUAUUCUCUUGGAGUCAUAUAUGUUGUUAUAGAUACAAGUUGAAGGGUGCCACAAGUACUAAAGUCCCAUUGGUUUCUCAGGAUCAGCCACAAGCCUGCUCAAUCUCCACGGAAACAAGUUCAUAUUGUCCUAACAUAUGGAAACGUGCUCAAUGUCUUUCAAGACUAUCUCAUAUCAUUUGCAAUAUUAAAAAGAUAACACUGGCCAAUGUUUCAAAGAUAAAAUCGGUGUUUAUGUUGUCUAUUGCACCAAAAAUGUUGUUGGAGAGCUUGACUAUAUAUUGUUGUUAUGAAUUGGAGCACAUAGUAGUAGAUUGUGGAGAUUGCAGUGAUGGAAUUGAAUUGGGCAAUGUCUUCCCAAAAUUAAAAGAACUCAAUGUUGACUAUUGUAGGAAAUUGAAAUACAUAUUUGGGCACAUUAAUGCUAGUGAUGAUCAUGAUCAUAACAGCAAUGAGAUUCAACUUCAUCUUCCAGCAUUGAAAACUCUCAAGCUUGUUGAUCUCAAAAGUUUAAUCGGCAUGUCGCCCAAACAAUAUCACAUAACAUUUUCACCUUUGAAAGAAGUUGAACUCAAAGAAUGCUCUCAGGUUGAUGUUAAAUCUAUUGGUGAUUUUACCUUCCUUGCUUCAAUUUCAAGAUAUCAGGACAGUACACCUAUCAAGGAAUUCAGUGGGAACAUGGAACAUCUUCUAGCUUUGGAAAUGCUCAAUGUAUCUAAAUCCAAUGUAGAAAGUAUAUUAUGUCUCAGUGAAGAAAGUGAGUGGCAGAUAAACUUGGGGUUGCAAAACAUUAUUUUGCAUAAUCUACCUAUGAUGAUAUAUCUUUUUAUGGGUCCUAAAAAUGCAUUUGCCCUCAAAAACCUUAAAAGUAUAACCAUCUCUCAAUGUGAAAAAUUGGAAAUAGUUUUCUCCACCUCUAUUCUAAGAUGCCUAUCACAGUUGUCUCAUCUAAGAAUACAAGAAUGCAAUGAGUUGAAGCAUAUCAUUGAAGAUGAUGAUGAUGAUGAUAUUGAGAAUCAAGGAAUGUCAAAGACAUACUUCCCAGUGCUAAAAACCCUUGCAGUAGCAAUGUGCAAUAAGUUGAAAAGUGUCUUUCCGAUCUCCAUGAAGAAAGAGCUUCCUCCUGAGUUAAAGGUUAUGAUGAUAGGUGAAGCACAUGAACUGAAAGAAAUAUUCAAAAGUGUAGGUGGUGAUAAUCAGAAAGUUGAGAUUCCAAAUCUGAAAUCUGUAGUAUUUGUCAACCUACCAAGCUUGUGCCAUGUCCAGGGAAUUCAAUUUCAGGCCGUAGAAAACCAUUGCAUACAGAAUUGUAAAGAAUUGUCUCCGACAUCGUUAACAUCUAGCAGAAAUUUCGGCAGGCACGCGUUUAGAAUAGAUGGCAUAGAUUUUGAUGUGCAUGUGAAUCUGAUUGGUCUAUUUCAACAAUUAGAAAACAUGAUGGCAGCAUCUUCACAGAAAGAAAUGAACCGAACACCAGAGACAAAGCAUGAAUUUAUUGAAAAUGUUCCUGAUUUAGAGAUACCAUCAGUGACAACAUUACCAACAAAUUCCCAAGAGUUGACAAGUGAAGAAUCAACAAGUCAACACUUACUUGAAGAAAUUGAUAAUACCAUCAAACUUUCUCAGUUGGAAGGUUCUAUGUCUACCAUUUCAGAAACAAGGAAUGUGCCACCUAUACAUUUAGUUGAUCUUAAACAAAAGGGUAUUCAGGUAAGCGUUGAAGAAGGAACUGCAUCAACUAGUUAUGCCAACACAAUAACAUCAUCAACUCAUUUAGAAUCAGAAUAUGGUGAUGGCCAAAUAGGCAUACCUUUUCCAGUUUCAACUACAGAUUGUCUUAACAUCGCAGAUGUUAAUCUUGGAGACUCACACGAAACAACUCAAACUAACAAUCAAGUUUCUCUAAAUGAUAAUGCUGCCAUGCAAGUAAGCUCAACUAUUCAACAACAGUUUCAUAAAGAUGACGGAAUAAUAGUUUCUGGUUUAGAGAUGCCAUCAGCAGUAUAUUCACCAACAAACUCACAAUUGGAGGGUUCUACAUCAGAAAAAACAACAGAAGCAGCAACCAUGUCUACUACUUCAGAACUAAAGAAUGAGCCAGAUGGUAUGAAGAUAAGUGUGGAAGAUGGAACUACAUCAGCUAAUGCCAAGACAAUAACAUCAUCAACUCAUUCAAAAUCAGUGAGUUCAUCAUCAGGUUUAUCAACUACUUCUAAGUCGGAAACAUCUUCACCGGAAGAUGGAGAUGGCAAAAUAUCCAUACCCUCUUUUUCAACUGUCAAUACAAAGCCUCCUGCCACCAAAUAUGUUGAUAUUGGAGACUCGCAGGAAAUUAUUGCAAUGGAAGACAUUAACAUGCUGAUCGAAGAAGACCCACUUCUUGCACUUCUUGCACUUGAGAAGCUUCUUACAGGACAAUUCUCGAAUUCCUCUGCUCGAGUUUUACUUCAAGAAUUGAAGACUUUGAUGGACUCAUCAUCAGACCUUGACCAUCUUGUAUCUAACCAAGAGUCUAUUUCGAAAUUGAAUUCUCUUUUUCAUCGAUUGAAUCAGUAUCAAGGGAUGUUAACUUCUGACUUGAAGGACUUUGUUGAGAAGGUUCAGAACUUCUUCAAUGAAAACAUUAUCAGACACGCCACUGCUCAACAAGUACUCAAGAAGCACAACCAACUUCUUGAUUCGAAAACUGAUCUCAUGAACAAGCUUUGGAGUGUAAAGAGUAUACAAACCCACAUUGAUAGUGAAACUUCAACUACCAAUGCUCAGAUACAUGGGCUCUCUUUACAAAUUGAUGAACUGACAAAAAAGUUGGCAGAUCUUGAGAAUCAAAGAGAUAGUUUGAAGUCGGUGGCGAACAAAUGUGAUGUUCAGAAGAUGAAGUUGAAGGCCGAAUGCACAGAAUUGGUCCAACAAAGUAAAAAAUUCUUUUCUGCACUUGCUUCAUCAGAGGUCGACCUAAGAGAAGCUGAGCAUGCGAGGGAUUUGGCAAAAGAAGGCUUUGCAAAUUUAAAAUCAUCAUUUCCUAGAUUUUAG